UUCUUUAUUUUUUUUUUUGUUUUGGGGCAGAACAGAAACCAUGUGACCUUUCUAAGGGUCAUUGGGUGCAGGCAUUGGGAGGGUCAUCAAGCUAUUACACCAAUUCAAGUUGCCCUACAAUCCCUGAUAGCAAAAACUGUUUCAGACAUGGCAGAAAGGACUCUGAUUUUCUGAAUUGGAGAUGGAAACCUGAUGAAUGUGAGCUUCCAAGGUUUGAUCCCAAAACCUUCUUUCAGAUUGUUCAUGGCAAAACAAUGGCUUUCAUUGGUGACUCUGUGUCUCGAAACCACGUGGAAUCGCUUCUCUGCCUCUUGUCACAGAGUGAAGUUCCAAAGGACAUGUACAAGGACUCAGAAGACAGGUUCCGGAAAUGGUAUUUCCCGAUCCACAACUUCACGCUGAUGAUGUUGUGGAGCAGGUUCCUGGUGGAAGGCGAGGAGAGAAUGGCGAACGGCACAGGCACCAGCGUGUUCGACAUGCAGCUGGACAAGGUAGACAGUGACUGGGCCAAAGAGCUUCCCAACUUAGACUACGCAGUGAUCUCUGACGGACACUGGUUUUUCCGAGGGAUGCGUCUGCACGAAGCUGGAAAACAAGUAGGCUGCGUCUACUGCAACGAACCCAACGUCACGGCCUACAACGUCGACUUCCCCCUCAGAAAAGCGCUGAGAACAGCGUUCAGGCAUAUCAGUGGGUGCAGGGAGUGCAGAAGAAGAGGGAUGGUGACGGUGAUGAGGAGUUUUGCGGCGGCGCACUUUGAGAACGGGUUUUGGAACACCGGAGGGUACUGUAACAGGACGGGGCCGAGGAGUGAGAGCGAGGUGGAUUUUGGGGCGUUUGAUUGGCAAUUGAGGAAUGUUCAGAUGGAGGAGUUUGAGAGAGCGAGGAGCGAAGGUGGUGGUAGGUUUGAGGUUGUGGAUGUUGCGAGAGCCAUGCUAAUGAGACCUGACGGUCACCCUGGGGAGCAUUGGGGGAACAAGUGGAUGAAGGGUUACAAUGAUUGCACUCACUGGUGCAUGCCUGGGCCUGUUGAUAUGUGGAGUGAGUUGUUGCUUGCUGUCAUCAAAAAAGUUUCAGCUUCUCAUCAUCUUCAUCAGAUUUAGUUACCAUAUUUUUCAUCAUCACAGAUGCAUACACAGAUCAUAGAUUUUGUUAGUGUCAUUAAUUAUACUUAUCAGCACUAGUUCUGAAAUGUGGUUCCAGUUGCAGCGAUUUGUAUGUGGGUGCUAGCUGUAGUUAAGGAUUGUGAGUGACCAUAACAGAGGGUAUAGAGUGGGCCAAUUUCUGUGUAAGACAGUGUAUCAUUUUUAUUUUUUUUUAAUUUUUGAAAUAAAUAUUUUAUAUGCUUU